AUGAAGGCGCAAACUCACCGCCUCUCCACCUGUCACCGCCACCCUACCAAACCCAUAACCGGUUUCUGCGCCCCAUGCCUCACCGAACGCCUCGCCGGCCUCGACUCCGCCGCCGCUCACCAAGAACCCUCGACCCAGAACCCCCAUUCGGGGUCUGAGCUCCGGAGAAGCAAGUCGUGUUCCGGAACGAGACCCGAAUCGUCGUCGGCCAGCGCCCCGGAUCCGACCCGGCGCAAGUCGUGCAAUGCCAGGGCCCGGAACACUCUGUCCGAGCUCUUUAACAUCGACGACGACCGCAAAGGAGUGCCGAGAAAGUUCCAUGUCGAAUUGAGAGAUGGGGAUAAGGACGAUGGUGGAGACGAAGCUAGGGUUUUGGAUUUGGAUACGGGUGCAGAUUCGGAGUUCAAGACGAUGAAAGAGUUGAUAGAUCUCGAGUGGGAGAAGAAGAAGGGCGAGGGUAGGGAUUCGAAGGAAAUUGCAGGGACAUUUUGGGGAACGACGUCGGUUUUGAGCAAAAAGGUGAAGCAAUGGCGGCGGAAGCACAAGACGAAGAAGGCUGAGAGCGAGGGUUUCGUGGCGGAGAAGAGGAGGGAGACCCAGUCCGAAGUGGGAGAGUACGCAUUGGGGAGAAAAUCGUGCGAUACGGAUCCCGAUCCGGGUCGGAUGUCAUUGGACGAGCCUCGGGCUUCUUGGGACGGGUAUUUGGGUCCGAGAGCCCCUCACCCGAGGCUGACCCCGAUGGUUUCGGUUGUGGAAGAGAGCUGGGAGAGGAGUCCAGGCGGCUCAGCUCAGACCAAAGACUAUUACAAUUCGCAGCGGCGGCGGAGCUUCGAACGGCCGUGUUUCGAUCGGUCCGCAACGGCGGAGGUUGAUGAGCUGAAGUUGGGCUCAAAUGCUAGAGUCUCCCCUGCCACUUCAGAGUUGUUCUAUGGGGCCAAGCUGCUGAUUACAGAGAAAGAAUUGAUGAGUUCGAUGGGUUCGAAUUCGAAGUUGAAAUCUGCUGAAGAUGAUGAGCGUGUGGAGGAGGGCAGCGGCGUUGGGAUUGUCUCUGGACAUGUUUGCAAAAAUGCGGCUUCGGAAUCAACCAAUGGGGUUGAUGUUGAUCAUCAAAAGUCGAAUAGGAGGCAAAAGAAGUGGAGCUUUUGGGGUUUGAUGCAGAGGAGAAGCGAGAAGAAAUGCGCAGACGAAGAAUCCGCGGAUUCUUGGCAGAAGCUGAGGAGGGUGGCCAACGGAGAAGAAGCCAACGCCUCCAAGCUGAUUCGAAGUUACAGUGUCAGCUGCCGGAACCAGUGCAGAAUGGUUGGCUUGUUAAGCAAUGUGAAUGGUGUUGGUGCGGAAACUAAAAGCAAUGAAGUGAAGACUCUGCAGAGGAACAAGAGUGCUCGGUAUUCGCCGAGCAAUCUCGAUCACGGGUUGCUGCGGUUCUACUUGACGCCGUUGAGGAGCUAUCGGAGGAGUGAAUCGGGAAAGAGCAGGCCAGGCAACAACUCACAAUAUCUGUCCAAGAAUGUCUUGUAG